AUGAGUGGGACACCGACCAGCACGGGGCAGCCGGCCCGCCGCCGGUUUGCCCCUGUCCCCAUCGAGACCACCUUUGAGCGUUUCCGCAAGAACGUUUCGCAGGCUGCUCCGGCCGUCCCUACCGCUCCGACCGCCGAGCUCACACCGUCUCCAUCUCCCCAGUCCGAAGCACCGCCGCCAACAUUGUGGACAUUGGACCCCAGCCGUCUUCCGGCGCGAGCCAAGCCGCGUCGUUUUGCCCCGCAACUCAUCGAGUCGUCGCGCCGCUCCCGCCGCAUCGGUGACAUUGGCCCUGCCACCCGGCCCACCGACAAGACCGACAUUACGCCCUACCACAACCACAUCUAUGCCCCCAAGGCCCGAAAGAAGCACCGCAAGGUCCAGUCCCUGGCCCGUCGUGAGUCCUGCGACGAGGAGACCGCUGCUCAUGUCUUUGAGAUGCUGGCCCGCGAGGCCGAAAAGCGGCUGCUCGAAGAGGCCGCCCUGGCAGCCUUCCCCAACAGCCGCGCCCGUGCCGGUGGUGCCGAGCAUUUCGUGAUCCGCGAAGGCUCCGACGACGACGACAGCUCCGAAGGUCAGGGCCGCAGCCGCGAAGCGACAGGACCUGGCCCGCACGUCCACUUGCGCACCACUACUCGCCGCACACGUCGUGAUUCGUACACGGAAGACGUGGGCUGGGCGCUGCGCGAGAUGCAGGAGCACCACGAGCAGCUGACCAAGGUGCGCGGGGCCUCUUUUACGUCAGGUUCGCCGUACAUCGCACCAGGAAGCGAGGCUGCGGCGCCGGCCACGCCUGACAAUGCGCAUGCCCGUGCCGUGUCGGUUCCGCGGCCCACACAGCUCGACCGCAUUUCCACCUUUGAUUUGGACCAGAUGAGCAUCGAAAGCCCCCCGACCGACCCCAUCUGGACGACCACGGCGCGCCAAGCGACGCAAGACUCCGCCAUUCAUCCCAUUGGCGAGACGUUUAUGCCCUACAUUCCUGAGGAGCCGCUGGAACUGCCCGGUAUUAACGAGGGCUUCCGGGGCAUCCCGGCUUACGCCCGCAAGCUGCGGGAAGCCGAGGGCGAUGUCGACGAGGAUGACGACGAGGAUUUAUUACGGCAAAGCGCCACGCCCACGACGCGUCCAAUUGGUGAGACAUCUAUGCCGUAUAUAUCGACCGCAUCCGCUGGAAACGCGGCCACGGGCGUUGCUCACACAUCUGCUCCGUCUGCUCCGUCUGCUCCGUCCGCUCUCUCUGUCCCAGCUGCCACAACCACAGAGGUCCGGGUCACACCCGACACAGCCACCCAGAUUCCGACCGAGACCAGCUUCCGGGGACGCAACGCCUAUGCUGGCUACCGCAACCGCGACCUGUUUGCAUCGGAGCGCGACGUGCACAGGCUGCGAAAGAAGUCGCCGCCCAUGCUGGGCAAGGAGCUGGUGUUCCCCAAGUGUGCGUCGCCGAAGCAGACCAAGCUGGAGCCUGAGUUCUUGUGGUCCAUCAACGACGUCAUGGAAAAGUCGUCGCACCAGGACGAGGGGCAGGGCCAAGGAGGACAAGGGAACGCCGCCAACGGUGGCCAAAGCAGUUCCACCAAGCCCGCUGGACAGCAUGGUCUGUGGAACGGUCUUUGCAUCGCCAGCGACAAGACGCAAGCCGUUGUCCCCCUGGAGCGGCCUGCUCUCCUCGAAACCCCCUUCCCGCCCAGCAGCCCCGGCGACCCAUUUGCCCGCGCCUUUAGCCAGAGCGCAGUGAGCGGCGACCUGGACACCAUGUAUGAGGAGCCAUCCCACAUCGACGGCACGCAGUCGUCGCAUGGUCACCAGGGUCCCGGCCUCCAUGGCCUGCACAGUCUGCAUGGGCUGCAUGGUCUCCACGGCCUCCACGGCAAGACCACGCACGCCGAGCCGAGAGGACUCCACAUGCUGGUCGGCCUCGACGAGCGUCUACGGCAGGAAAAGGCCGCCGCCGAGCUCGAGGAGAGCAUCGCCGCCGAGUUUACCGACAGGUUUGUGACGCAGGUCUACAACUACCUGUCGCUCGGGUACCCGUCCAUGGCGUGGUCCUACGACGACGAGCUGUCCAAGAUCUCGCGCAUCCCGGUGGACGAGCUGUCGCAGGACGAUCUGAGCGGGAGCAGCAGCGACGGCGGUGACGGCAGUCAAGGCAGUGGGGAUGGGGGACAACGGCCCGUCUUUGCUCGCGGCUCCUCGGCCAAGGGCCACAUCUCUCUCGACGACGACGACCGCGCGGCGGCCUUGGCGGCAGCGUCUGCCACGUCUUCGGAUAGCGACGGUAGUCCCCCUCCCGACGGCAGCAGCAGCAGCAGCAACAACAGCAGCAGCAACGGCAGUCAUAGCAGCUACAACCACGACAGCUACCCGCGCUGGCGUGCGCUCAAGAUUUACAUUUACGAGUGGGCCCGCCAGCACCCCGACCUCAACAGCAUCAGUCCGCUGGCCUGGGGCGUGCGGGAACGGCGCGGCAGUUGGGGUGUGUAA